AUGGCAAUAGCCAUGGCCUGGCAGAAGCCCGACAAUGUAGCUGGCUCUUCAGCACCGGCCAUUAUGGUCGGCCUAUUCGUCGCAUGUGGAGGCAUCUUGUUCGGAUACGAUACCGGCACAAUCAACGGGAUCCUGGCCAUGAGGGCCUUUCGCAAUCAAUUCAGUACUGGGUAUAUCGAUCCGACAGAUCAAAAACUUAACGUGUCACCGUCACAGUCCUCCCACAUAGUAGCGAUAUUGAGCGCAGGAACAUUUUUCGGGGCGCUUCUGGCUGCACCUAUAGGAGAUAAACUUGGUCGAAGGAUAUCACUCAUCAUAGCUGUUGGAAUAUUCGCAUUUGGUGUAUUGCUUCAGACCGUCGCAAUGGCUAUCCCCCUUCUGAUCGCUGGGAGGUAUAUCAGUCGCCGAGAUGUCUGUCUGUUACAAGAGCUGACACUAUCUAGAUUCUUCGCUGGACUUGGUGUUGGGGUUAUAUCGGUUCUUGUUCCUCUCUAUCAAUCUGAAAUGGCACCUAAAUGGAUUCGAGGAACUUUGGUUUGCGCAUACCAAGGCGCCAUAACUGUUGGCCUCUUCCUCGCCGCGGUAGUCAACAUCUUCACCGAAGGCAUCACAGACACGGACGCAUUUCGGAUUCCUCUUGCGCUCCAGUUUGUGUGGGCUGGUAUUCUCUUCCUCGGUCUUAUGCUCCUACCUGAAACCCCUCGCUACCUCAUUAAGCGUGGUCUCCAUCCCGCCGCUGCUUCUUCACUAAGUCGUCUACGACGUCUUGAUAUCACCCAUCCAGCUUUGAUGGAAGAGCUUGCUGAGAUCGAAGCAAACCAUGAAUACGAGCUCAGCCUUGGACCCGCAACGUAUAAAGAUGUCUUUUCCGGCAGUCCGCAUCUCGGACGUCGACUCCUGACCGGUUGUGUUCUGCAGAUGCUUCAACAACUCUCAGGAUGCAAUUUCAUAUUUUACUAUGGCACGACAUUUUUCACUAACGCGGGCAUCAAAUCACCGUAUGUCAUCGCUCUCAUCACCAACAUCGUCAACGUAGUAUCUACUGUCCCUGGAAUGGUCUUGGUCGAAUCCCUAGGACGUCGUCGCCUUCUCAUGGUCGGCGCUGGAGGUAUGGCUAUAUCACAGCUCGCCGUCGCUAUUGUCGGAACCACAGUACAUUCAACACAUGCAAAUGCAGCAAAUAUUAUUAUUAUUAUUCUAGUCUGCUUUGAUAUAUUCUUCUUCGCAGCAUCUUGGGGCCCCGUCGUCUGGGUCGUUACAUCAGAAAUAUACCCUCUCAAAGUUCGCGCUAAAUCCAUGUCAAUAUCCAUAGCCUCAAAUUGGGUUCUCAACUUCGCCAUUGCUUACGGAACGCCAUACCUAGUGAACGGCGGUCACGGCUACGCGAAUUUACAAGCACGAGUCUUCUACAUUUGGGGCGCAUUCUGCGUCUUCGCCUUCUUCUUCGUCUGGUGCAUGGUCUACGAAACCAGCAAAAUCAGUCUUGAACAAAUCGACGAGUUGUACGAGCGGGUUGACCGUGCUUGGAACAGCAAAAACUUCCAGCCCAGCUGGAGUUUCCAAGAAAUGCGUGACGAAGGCACCUCUGCCUCUGGUAUCCCACUAGAGAACAUUGAAACAGACAUGACUCGUCAACCAACAGCCACGAGCUCAACCGGCACUGAGAGUGGCGCCUCGAUGAGCGAAGCGGACAAAAUCAUCGCGCAACUAGGCAAUGUUGAUUUAAGCUAUUAA